AAGAUGGACCUAUAUAAUUCCUUAAUUAUUUCCUGGGACAUUGAGUUGGAUGAAAAAGAAGGAAAGUAGAUGCGUAUUGUUGACAAUCUGUUGCAUUGUCACACAAGUCCACAGCGUUUAUUAUAAGGAUAUUGUGAUUUUAUCAUCCUCUGGCAACUGCACUAGGGGGAAACUAUAGCAGACGCAAUGAUUGUGGGAUACCUUUAUAGUAAAUAAAUGGUAAUCUUUCAUGGGUGCUUAGACUUACUGCAAUUACUACCAUGUAAAAUUACAUUACAACCUUGUAAAAUUACAAUCACUAAACAAACCACUGAAAACACUGUGUAUAGACACACUAUACAUAUAUAUAAACGAGGUUUUUAAAAUUGAAACUAAAGUAACUGGCUGCAGACAGAUCCACUAGGACAUGGUAGGCUCUUUACUUUAAAGACAUGAUGCUUGAAAACGACUCAGAGAAUCGCACUGCACAGAAAUGAGACGCAAAAAAAAAAAAACAGAACGCAGAUGAAAAUCAGAUAACACAACAUGUGCGAAAAGAACAACUUCUCAAUUCGCUUUGUGAGAAAGUUUCCUUCACUCAAAUGACAUGAAUGGACAGCCUCAUGAGAGCGUCAUGUUUAGUAACUGCAUUGCCUGUUUAACUGCAGUGGGAGCCUCUGGCCACGGGCGGCGCUGUUGAGUAUAUAUUCGUAUCAGUCCCAUUUCCCUCCAUGGUUUCUCCUCUCCCUGAGUAACUUGGCGUUUGGUUCAGUUCAUUAUACAGUCCCAUUUUCUCCCUCCAUUAGGGCAUCUCUCUGCCUUUUGGACUGAGUAAGAAUCCCACCAAGAAACAAGAAGAACAAGGAGAAAAAACUUUUGCAGGGGAAGAUGGACAUGAAAAAGAGGAUUCACUUGGAGCUUAGAAACAGGACGCCGUCUGAUGUACGAGAACUUGUUCUGGACAACUGCAGGUCCAACGAAGGGAAGAUCGAAGGCCUCACCCCAGAGUUUGUGAAUCUCGAAUUUCUUAGCUUGAUCAACGUCGGCUUGAUCUCAGUUUCUAACCUUCCCAAACUCGGCAAACUAAAAAAGUUGGAACUCAGCGACAACAGAAUUUCUGGUGGACUCGACGUUUUAGCAGAGAAACUCCCAAACCUCACACAUCUAAACCUAAGUGGAAACAAACUUAAAGACAUCAGCACGUUGGAGCCAUUGAAAAAACUGGAAAACCUGAAGAGCCUUGAUCUUUUCAACUGUGAAGUGACUAACCUCAAUGACUAUCGGGAGAGUGUGUUCAAGCUCCUGCCUCAGCUCACCUACCUGGAUGGCUAUGACAUAGAGGACCACGAAGCUUCCGACUCGGAUGGAGAGGUGGACGGAGAUGGUGUAGAUGACGAGGAGGAUGAGGAGGAAGAAGGAGAGGGUGAGGAGGAGGAGGAUGAGGAUGGAGAGGAUGGGGAAGAGGAGGAUUUUGAGGAGGAAGAUGAUGAUGAGGAUGAUGAGGAGGAAGCUGAAGGAGAGGAAGAAGAUGAAGAUGUAAGCGGAGAGGAUGAGGAGGAAGACUUUGGCCAGGAUGGGGAGGUGGAUGAUGAAGAGGAUGACGAGGAUGAGGAAGACGAAGAAGAAGAGCAAGGAGGGAAAGGAGAGAAGAGGAAGAGGGAGGCUGACGACGAAGACGACGACGAAGACGACGACUAGAAGCAAAUGGCCUAACAGUUACCAACCCCUCGCCCCUCCCCCAUGCUAUCCCUCUCCUGUCUCCCCCCCUCCCACAACCCCCCCAGGACUCUGCUCUUACAAAGGACUAGACUGUACUGGCUGGACCGGGCCUUUUGAGGUGAGCCCGGGGAGCGUUUGCGAGAGAAGCUCUCCAGCAGUGAUCCAUUCAGCAUUCCACAAUCUCACCACCAAUCCUUUGUGUAAAUCCACUCGAGGACUUUGGGGACUGGUAUCUAGUUUUGGUUUUAAUGCUUUUAAUAUUUUGUUGAAUAUUUUGGGGAUUUUUUUUUUUUUGUGUGUGUUUUUUUUUUUUUUUUUUUUCUUUUUUUUUUUGUUUUGUUUUGUCUCCUUGCCCACUCCACCCCAGUAAAAUUAUUGCUAUAGCAUCAAGUGGCAAUGGCUGAGCCAUGAUUUUGGAGUGGCCGCCUGUUGCGCAAAUCAAGGUUGUAGCUACAUUUUUACUUUCUGUAUGUCAAAAACAAACUUUGUAAAUAAAAUCUUAACAUUUUGCGCUUUGCUGCCCCCGCUAUGCUUUCCUCUGCUGCUGCAGCCGAUGUUAAAUGUGCUCUUUUUAUCUGCAUAUAGAGGAUUUGUUUUCACCUCUUGUGAUAAAAAGUGUAAAAUUCCACUACGAUGUGGGAUGUUUAGCAAUGAUGGUGUGUGUGUGUGUGUGUGUGUGUGUGUUUAAACUGUCUUGGAAGAGUACAGCUUGUUAAACAUAAGUUUAUUGACAGGAAAGGGGUGGCUGAAGGUGCAGAAGUGGCACAGUGAGAUGCUGUCGUUGCUCCUUUUACAAAACUCACUUAUGCAAGAUGUGUUUCAGCAACUCAAAUAGUGACUGAUGAGGUUCUACCUCAUACAGCAUUGCACUGGGGGUAGAAAACCUGUGGGGAAAAUCUGGCACAUGAUGUCUGUGGUCUUGCAGGUUCUGGAGUUACCUUUCAGUAUCUGAUCUACACCUGGAAUACCAGGUGAGACCAAGUGUUGAAUAAAUGACCAGUAGUGGUCUCCUUGGUCUGGUAUGAAACCUCCUUCACAUCACUUAACUUUUUGCCAGGAAGGAGGAACCGAGAGUAGAAUGGUGCGUGAAGGUUUUUUUGUGGUGUAAUCUAUUUAAACAUCUGAGUAAAAUAUAAUACUGCCACCUGCAUUUUAUACAGGAAUACAUGUUUUUUUAAACUGUGACUGUCAUUUCUGAGGUUGUUAUAAUGCUAUUAGUUUAUCUUGCUAUGCAAAAUGUUAGUAGUGCUGUACAGAAGUAUUUUUUUUUUCUGGAAUUGCUAAUGACUCAACUG